CGCUGCGUUCGCAAUGGUGAUGGCGCAUGUGACCGAUGCAGCCGUCUGAGAAGAGAGUGCGUCAAUCGUAAAGCACGUCGACGCUUCCAUGGUUUUCAGAAAGAUUUGAAAAUUAAGGCCCUUGAGUCAGAGGUUGAUAAGCUGAAAACAUCCCGACGCGGUUCUUCUGAUGAGGUUGAAAGAAGUCCCGAGGGAGAUGAUACAACCAUGGAAAAGGACCCUAUCACUCACGGGAUCUUAUCCAUAGAUACUGCCGAAUGUCUCUUGGGUACAUUCAAGAAGGAAAUGAUACCUCAUUUCCCAUUCGUUGUCAUUCCGCCGGAGACAUCGGCGGAAUAUCUUCGCCGUGAGAAGGGAUUCCUUUUCCUAGCUAUACUUGCUUCAUCGUCAUUCGCAGAUAUGCCGCUGCAGCGGAGACUGGGUAGAGAAUUCAAAAAGGCUGUAGCCUCCAGAAUGAUUGUGAACGGGGAAGUGUCAUUUGAACUACUGCAGGGAUUAAUGGUUUAUCUUGCUUGGCGAGUAUCAUAUAAAUUACUAUUCGUCGGGAGCCAUUACCAUACACGCCCGAACCGAUAUACGCAAUUUCUGCAACUGGCUAUUAGCAUUAUUAUCGAUUUGCGUCUCGACAGACCGCCACUGACAAAGACAUGGAAGACGCCUCUCUUAUUCAGAUCCAAGUACGAGGAUACGGGAGAGGAGAUGUUUACUCGACCAUCCUGGGGUCUGGAUGAGCAGAGAGCUGUUGCAGGAUGCUAUUAUCUAUCUUCAACAGUCGCGAUUCUAGUUCAGAAACAGUUCAAUUUCCGUUACACACCGUACAUCGAGGAUUGCUGCAAUUCACUUUCUGGCACAGCAGAAACCGCAUACGACAAGUACAUACCUUACAUGAUACAAUUACAACGCAUUGUUGAUAAAAUCGAUCAAUUAUCGGCCCGUCACGCAUCUGAAUUGGUUAGUCCUGGUUCAGGGGCGGAAUUAUACGUUACAUCGUUGAUAGCAGAUCUGGAGGCAUUUCAGACUAGGUUGCCUUUUGCAUUGUCUGAAUAUACUCUAUUGAAUAUGCAAUUUCACUCGGCUGAAUUAUGUCUAUGCCAACUGAGCGUAUCCAGUCUCAAAGCGUCGGCUCAUACAUCUACUCCCAACCUUAGGGAUGAAUUACUGGGUAAAGCUCUGAUGGCCUCUAAUUCGUUACUUAACGUAUACCACGCGCUACCUCCCGGCACGGAAACAGCAUUCAACAACACCCAGUGGGUACAAUUAGGAUUUGCGGUGCUAAUUGCUAGCAAACUCCUCGUCUCGGUAUCAUCUAACUCAGAUAGACGUGCCGCAGAGAUGGCUCAACGUCGAGUCUCAUGGUCAAAUAUUCUCAAGCAAUGCAGGCUACGGGUUGAGAACCUGUCUACCUCGCAGGUAGAUUCGAAUGGUGAUAGGGACGUGUUUCAUAAUUUUCGACAACGUGUUGUCCGGAUUCAGAACUGGAUUGAUGAAGUAAGUGAGAGGGUUGCCUCCCAAGACCAGGCAUGUAUGGAAGGACUCCCAGAGAAUACAACAUCUGGCAACUACCUCUCGUUCUCUCCGGGCGACCUAUUUAACUCCAUGGAUGACCCUAUGUGGAGUGAGUGGAUCAAUGAUACUGAACUCAACUGA